AUGCAAUCGUCCACAACGAAUUCAACCAUGUUCAAUGAUCAGAUGACCAGUGGCCAGGACUGGGUGGACCAGAUACUUCAGUUCACUGGAAGCCUUUUCGAUAGGGAGCCUAUGCUCGUGCAAGACUGGCAGCAGGAGACCACGAUCACCGACUUCGACCACUUCGAGAAGGAAAUCGGUGAGAUCAUCAACCAAACUGCUCAGAACAACUCGCCAGGUUCUGAAGUAUCAGAAGUGAGGCCGCAAAACUCAUUGCCAUGGGCUCAUUCAGUAGUCAUGCAAGAGGGUGGCAUCGAUGUUUCAAUUCCCACAACCUCCGUGCGAAUUAACCGUACCGGAAGGCGGCCUACUCUUUCAGAUCCCACCCACACACGUCAGACACCUUCUCAGCGUCAUACAUCUUCAACGGGCUCUCAUCGAAGCCUGCGAUUCAGAGGAACAUGGAGCUCGCUGCCAACACGGGUGGAUGUCCAUCAUACAGAUCACUCGGAAGUGGGGUUUCCCAACUGGCCCUCGGAGAUAAUCGAUGAACCGGCGGCCUCGAUGUUUGAUGACGAUGAAUCUACCCUGGAAAACUAUAGCGUUGGAGAAAAUGGCCUUUGA